GACCGCGUGGACUCGCUGCCCGACACCGCGGCGGAGGCGGCCGCUGCGCAGGCCGAGCGCACGGCGGGCCUGUGCCGCGUCUUCGGCGAGAUCGGCGGCGUUGCCGUGGUGGUGCAGUGCCUGGAGGCGGCCGUGCCCGAGCGCGGGCAGGAGGGCUCCCUCGAGGUGCUCGACGUGCUGCUGCGGAUCGCCCACGCCUGCGGCAGCGAGCCCGCGGCCAGACAGCAGCUGGUGGACCUGGGCGGCAUGCGCGCGCUGCUGGCCCACCUGCUCCGGACGAUCGACGAGAUGUGCGAGCAGAAG